AUGGCGUUUUCCAUCCCUUCAAACAGAUUCAUUCAGCUAUCGGCGCUUGUCCUAUUGUACGUGGCUGCCUGCAGUCUACUCGCGUACCGUCGUCGGCGGCUGUACAGUCGACGAUACGGUUGUCGCCCUCCACCGAAGGCGAAGCUAGUUGAUCCUGUGUUUGGAAUCGAUGGAAUGCUUGCGAAUGCUAAAGCAGCACGAGAACAUAGAAGUCUUCAGACAUUUGAGGAGCGCUUUUACUCCAUAGGAGCGACUUACAGCACUAAGCUUCUCUUCGGAAAACCGAUUAUAAUCACCAUGGAACCAGAAAAUAUCCGCACAGUCAUAAGUCAAAGCUUCCACGAUUACGCCCUUGCGCCUUUCCGUCAGCCUGCGCUGAAACAUUUUCUUGGUGAUGGCAUCUUCACGACGGAUGGCGCAAAGUGGCAAUCAUCCCGAGCGUUGCUGAGACCGAACUUUACUCGCGACCAGGUCGCUGACCUAGAGUCUUUGGAGAAACAUGUGCAGGAUUUGUUCAAGGUGCUCCCACGAGACGGAACUACGCCGGUCAAUUUACAAGAACAUUUUUUCCGCUUCACCCUCGACUCGGCCACCGAGUUCCUUUUUGGAAAGAGUGUCAAUAGUCUGAAACGAUGUGUUGACCAAGACGCCGACAGCCUCGAUGCUCAAUUUGAAACUGCUUUUGCCACUGCUCAAGCGGAAUGCAUGGAGUUCGUCGGCCUUGGCCCGUUGGCAAAGUACGCACGAGUUAAAUCCCAUAAACAAGUCGACGUUGUACACCGCUACAUCGAUCAAUUUGUCGAACGAGCCAUCGAAUACCGAAAGAAGCACGACGAGUUGGGAGCUGAAAGUAGUGCUGAGAAAAAGUCGAAGUACUUGUUCCUACAGGAGCUUGCUAAGGUGACUACCGACCGAAGCCGUCUGCGAUAUGAAUUGCUCAACGUACUCAUGGCCGGACGUGACACCACGGCAAGUUUGCUGGGCAAUCUUUUCUUUAUGAUUUCCAAAAGGCCGAAAAUCUGGUCUAAGCUGCAACAUGAGGUCGAUGGCCUUAACGGGUCUAUGCCUUCGUAUUCUACUCUGCGAGAUAUGCCGUACCUCAAAGCGUGCCUCCGCGAAUCGCUACGACUGCAUCCCGUUGUUCCCGUCAAUACACGCAUAGCAACAACCGACACUAUGCUACCACGUGGUGGUGGACCAGACAGGAAAAGCCCUGUGUACGUGAAGAAAGGAACUGCUGUGGGUUGGUCAGUGUAUGCAAUGCACCGGCGCAAAGACAUUUAUGGCCCCGAUGCCAAUGAAUUCCGUCCGGAGCGCUGGAGCUCACUUCGGGUUACGUGGGAGUAUCUUCCGUUUAAUGGGGGCCCACGUAUUUGCCUUGGACAGCAGUAUGCACUGACGGAGGCCUCGUACCUCACGGUGAGGAUGUUGCAAGAGUUUUCGAAGGUAGAGAGUGUGGACCCAGGUGAAUGGGAGGAGGAGCUCGCUAUAACCGCCUGUAAUCGGAGAGGAUGUCGAGUUGUACUUGCUCCAAGACUGAAGACGGAUAUGAGUCCCUCUUUGUCUGAUUGA